AUGCUCCUCGACACCGUCAUCACCAGCCUGCUGCUGGCCGCCAGCGUUGUGGCCGUGCCCAUCGAGAACCCCUUCGAGCUUAUCAAGCGCGCCCCCAGUGCCGGCGUCGUCAUCCAAAAGUGCUCCAAGCCCGGCGUCUUCGCUCUCGCCUACGACGACGGCCCCGGCCAAUACCACUCGCAGCUCGUCGAUAUCCUGAAUAACGGUGGCGCCAAGGCCACAUUCUUCUUGACCGGCAAGCUAUACGGCUGCAUUUACAACCAGCGCGCGGCCGUGAAGAAGGCCUUCGACUCGGGCCACCAGAUCGCCUCGCACACCUGGACCCAUCCC